AUGAAGCUCAGUAUCAUGAUCGGCGCGCUGAGCGUGGCUGCCUUGGCGUUUGUGAGCAAUACCGUGGAUGCGUCGACGGAAGCCGUGCAGACGUCCCAUCACGUGCGCAGAGUCUACAGAGAUGAUUAUCGUGACGGUAACAGCCGUGACGGCAACAGGGGCGCUUAUGCCAACCGUUCUCAUGGUAGAAAGAAGCGUGGCUACGGAGAUGACGACAAAGAUAGCCGCGAUCACAACGGUGAUGUCUAUCGCCAGAAAGCUGGUGGCGAAAAGCAGCGUCGCUCCCGAGAUGUCGACACGGAUAGCCGCAACUAUGACGGGGGUAACUACGGCAAGCAGCCGAGCGUCUACCGCAAUUAG